UCCAGACUAUCAGCCAUUAGUAGAUAAUAAAAGAAUAAUAGAGAAAUUACAAGAAAGAAUAACAUUAAUGAAUAUGGAACUAAUGACUGAAAGAGAACACAGUGCAAAGAUUAUAAAAAAUAUUAAAGAUUUGACAAAUGUUAAAGACAAAGAGACUAGUAAUGAAGAGAUUGAGUAUGAUAGUCUAAAGGAUGAGGUGAAGGAUCAGAUAUGUUCAUUCAUAUUGUAUUGUAAUCAUCCUGUUACUGGAAGAUUUAUGAUGUCAACACUUCAGUUGCAUAAAGAUGAACUACUACCCACAGUACUGAAUAAAGCUUAUGAGGUAAUGAAAUUAGCUCCUUAUAUUCCUAUUGAGAGGUGUCGUUUGGUUAAAUAUGAUUUUAAGUAUCAUGUAAUGGAGCAGUCCUUUGACCUUGAUGAAUUUCAGCAUCAAACUAUUGGACAGAUUGUUGGUGGGGCUAGACUUUAUUAUCCUCUUGGAUUAUUCAUAGAAACUUGUGAAUCAAAUGAAUUUUUUCAUAAAUACCAUGAUGGAGGUAUUAAUCUAAAGAUAUCAGUGGUUGAUCUGUCAACUGGUGGUAAAAAAGGACCAGCUAAACCAGUGAGAGUUGAGAAAGGUUGGACUGUUGAAGAAUUAAAACAACAUAUAAGAGAAGUAAUAAUGUAA